CUUGAUCAGACGAGCUAUGGAAAUUCCUACAUUUUGUACUGAUUCAUGAAUGCACCACUGCCGUUAAAAACACAACAACUUCUUUGGUACAACGAAGCUAGCAAACACUCAAAAACAACUAUAAAGCAACAUUUCCUUGUCUUAAUUUGAUUUUGUGACAGUAAUAUCCUUCGGUGGGUGAGUAUGACUUUUGAACUUUAACCUUUGACAGUAUUUGCUGUUGGUAACAGUAAUGGAGGGACGUUCCGACCCUCCUCCGCCCAGAAGCGCAACUGACCGCAUGUGUUUAACAAAACAACACAGCUUUAAGACAACGACUUUGAACGGCAAGAGUACAUCACAUGACCCCGAGCAGGUAUGAUGGCAGAUGGCGGUUCGCUGACUGUAGAUCCUUGGCUCUAGAGGCGCAGCGCUGCACUGACCAGCACCAUGCAGCAAAAAGGUGCAAUCCAGAUUAUCGAAUGGGAGGACUUGGACAAGAGAAAGUUCUAUUCCCUGGGGGUUUUCAUGACCUUGACCACCCGGGCCACUGUCUAUCCAGCCAGCCUUAUUCGAACCAGACUGCAGGUGCAGAAAGGGAAGGCCUUGUACUCUGGCACCUUUGAUGCCUUCUUCAAAAUCCUGCGGGCAGAAGGAGUGAGGGGCCUGUACCGUGGAUUCAUGGUCAACACCUUCACCCUAGUCUCAGGGCAGGCAUACAUCACCACAUAUGAACUGGUGCGCAAGUAUGUGUCCCAGUACACUCCCAGUAACACAGUCAAGUCAGUGGUAGCAGGAGGGGCAGCAUCACUGGUGGCCCAGACCAUCACUGUGCCCAUAGAUGUGGUUUCUCAACACUUGAUGAUGCAGGGACAAGGGGAACACUUGACACGCUUCAAGACCAAACCCAAAAUGAUGCUCGCUGCAUCCAAGCGCAAACCGACCUUCGGCCAAACACGGGACAUCACUGUGCAGAUAUUUGCAGCUGAUGGUUUUAAGGGAUUUUACAGAGGCUAUGUGGCAUCGUUACUUACAUAUAUCCCAAACAGUGCGCUGUGGUGGCCUUUCUACCAUUUUUAUGCAGAGCAGUUGUCCCUACUGGCCCCAAGUGAGUGUCCUCACCUGAUACUACAGGCGGUUGCAGGACCAAUGGCAGCAGCAACCGCCUCCACCAUCACCAACCCCAUGGACGUUGUUCGAGCAAGAGUGCAGGUCGAAGGUCGGUCCUCUGUUAUCGAGACCUUCAAGCAGCUGGUGGCAGAGGAAGGAAUCUGGGUGAUGACUAAAGGGCUCUCAGCCCGCAUUAUAUCCUCUACACCAACAUCUGUACUCAUCGUGGUGGGAUACGAGACCCUGAAGAGACUGAGCCUACGGUCAGAGCUGAUCGAGUCGAGACACUGGUGAAGGGCCCGUGCAGUCGUACCUGAGCUGACACCUCAGGGAAUAAAGACAGUCUGCCCCCAUUCUCAAGGUAAAAAACUGCUCGACUGGGUGACUGCUGCUGCUACAAGCCUUUUCAGAUUGUAUUGUUUUUAUUAUGCCUACAUAUGCCACUGGUGUUUGUCUUCAGGUGGUUGACCUCUCUGCUUUCCAUUUUUUAAAAAUCUUUAUCUAUAAAUACAUGGAUUAAAUUGACAAUCCUGGAAUAUGACCGACUGAAAAGUCCCGCCUGCUUGUUCUGUGCUAAUAAGUGCAUUACAAGGGACUUUUGUAAAGCAAAGGUUUCUCAGUGGUUGAAAAGAAAAUAGUAAUAGAUAACGACAUGUGGCCAGUCUAAUUGGUUUUUAACGUGCUAAAUUAGACAUGUUUAAAUGUGUUGUUUCUGAUAGAAAAAAAAGCACAAAAACAUGAUGUGUGUGUUAGUGCAUUCCAGUCUAAAUGAAUGUUGUUGAAUUACAACAUAUUCCACACAAGACAAACUUCCAAAUGUUUCUUCUAAAUAUGCAAAUAAUGUGUUAAGGUUUUCUGUAAGUUGGCCCCAGUUAAGAUCAUGUGUGCGAAGGUAAAUUCACAGAUUAAUUCAAUCAACUUCACUGUUACCAUCUGUUACAUAAUGGUCCAGAAAGUGGAGAAGACAGCACUAACAAUAAUUUGGGAAUGAGGAUGCACAAAACUGUUACAGACUCCAACAUGAUGUGAAUCUAGUUUUUUACCCCCCUCAUCACUAGUUCAUAGUUGACAUGUUAAGUGGUUGACUUCUGCUGGUGUGAUUUAAGGAGAAAGGUAAAAUGUUUUUUAGUUAUUCAAACACAAAAAUCUUGAAACUGUGCUGUCAAACAAACGUCUGAUGUGUCUUAUUUAACUACAAUGAAGUCAACAUUAUGUCAAAUCAAUGUUACAAAAGACCAGUUAAUGCUGCCGUUUAACUGUAACUGCCAAAAAACAUUUUCUGGGUUGGACACCUGUAAACUAUCCUGAAUGUAAAUAUACACCUGAAUGUUUGAUUUGUAAACAGCCCCUUUUCAGCUUCUACAAGUGGACAUGAUUACAGGACUUCCUCAGGAAAUUCAUCAACAAAACAAAUGAACCAUUUUAC